AGACUUCCUCGGGAUCCAAUAUGUCUGCGCCCAUGAAACGUUUUGGCUGUGAUUUAUUUUAGAUGUUUUCAUACAUUUUUAUGCUGUUUUAAAAUACCAGUUUCAAGUAAACAUUUGAAGUUGCUUAUUUUGAAGUUUCCUCAAACUAUUUAACAAAUAAAUCAUGGCGUUGAAUAAGUUCAUGCAUCCUAGGAACAAGUACAAAAGCAAGAAGGCAAAUUUCCAGUACCUUGCCAUCAAAUAUCCAGAAUUUAGGAAACACGUUUAUCCAGAUGUAAGUGGAAAGCUUUUCCUUGACUUCAGAAAUCCUGAUUCUUUAAGGCAGCUUUCCACCACACUUAUGAAAGAAGACUUUGGAUUGGAUGUUGUGUUGCCUCCUGAUAGACUGGUACCUACCAUUCCUUUGAGGCUUAACUAUAUCUUAUGGAUAGAAGAUAUUUUGAAAGAUUCCAGUAUUGAGGGAGACAUCUCAGGAAUAGAUGUUGGAACAGGAGGAAGUUGUGUAUAUCCCCUUCUCUCUGCUCGAAUGAACAAAUGGAGAUUUCUUGCUACUGAACUGGAUGAUACUAACUUCACAUGUGCUGUGAAAAAUGUGGAAAGAAACCAGUUGACUGAUUUAAUACAAGUUCAAAAGGUUGAAAAAGAUGUUGUCCUGCUAGAUGUUUUGAAGACUAGUGCUGCCACCUAUACCUUCUGCAUGUGUAAUCCACCAUUUUUUAUGGACAAUCUAGAGGCACAGGGUAUCACAAAUACUCGUUCAGAUGACAGACCAGAACCCCAUUCCGUGAAUACAGCAAGUCCUACAGAAAGUGUGGCUUUUGGAGGAGAAGUUGAGUUUGUCAAGAAAAUGAUUCAUGAAUCCUUGGAGCUUAAAACUAAAGUCAGAGUAUAUACUAGUAUGGUUGGAAAGAAAACAAGUUUGUCUCCCCUGAAAGAAGAACUCAGAAAGCUUAAGAUUUCAAAUUUCUCAACAACAGAAUUUUGUCAGGGUAAGACAAUGAGAUGGGGACUUGGCUGGUCAUUUGAUGAAAAUAUUAAAUUUCCUAAAUCUGAAUUUAAAGAGAAGAGAAAAGAAAAGCGACCACCAUUGUCUUAUGUUGUUCCAGAGGACAUCCCUGGCAUCAUGUAUACAACUGAGGGGGUGGCAUAUCAAAUCAAAGAGUGCCUUAAACAGUUACAGAUUAAAUGUGAAGAUAAGAAAUCCAAUGAAACAAAGAUAUCCAUGGUGUUGAUAGCAUAUCAAAACACAUGGUCAAAUCAAAGAAGGAAACGCAGACAUCCUAAGGAGAAACAGGCCAAAGAACAUUCAUCAGACACUAAAGAUAUGAAAAUAAGCAAUUCUAACGAUACUACACAAUAUGCUGCUUCUCUGAUAGCUGGAGAUACAGACACCAACAAAAAUAUGAACAUCAACAAUUCUAAAAAUACUACGCAGUUAAACGCUUCUCUGAUUGCUAGAGAAACAGGCACCAAUGAUAUGAACAAAAAUAGUUCUAAAGAUACUACACAAUUAUCCACUUCUCUGAGUGCAUUACCUGUAGAGAAAAAUCAAGCAAAUUUUUCAGAAAUACCUGAAAAAGGUGAUGUAAGUGUUGCUGGCAAUACAUCAGAAAAGAGAAAAAGAAAACAUUCAAAGAGUUCCGAUACUUUGGAAGCAAAGAUACCAAAAACUGAAGGAAAUGCACCAAUUUCUGAAAUUAAGGAAAUGGUACAAAACCCAGAUGGAAGUACGGAUAACAUUGAUACAAGUAUGAAUGGAGAUAAAGUAAAAUCUGAGUCUAAUAAUCAAGAAGCCUGUAGUUCAUCUGGUGUAAAACUAAUGAAGUGUGAUACCACCGCAGAUAAUUUACUACUGACUACUUCUGACGCAAACAAUCAAAGUGAGAAGACUACACUCUUGAAGUGUAAUCUGUAUGUCAAACAAAUUGAAGAUGAAAUGAUUUCUAUUGAAAUGUCAUGGAUAGAUGGAACCGUUCGUGAAUCCAUGAACCAAGUACUGCAAUACUUUAAAAACAAAUUAAAAGGUUCUACUUAACUGCUUAAAAGUAUGUUGGUUGU